AUGUUGGCGAUUCCCCGUCCGGUUCUGGCGCCUUCAACACAUAAUGGUGUUCCGCCGUCUAGGCACGACAACAACAACAACGACGACGACGACGACGACGACGAAUCUUAUCUAGACGAUUCCCCCAGCCAGCGUCCUUCUGUCUCCGACGACGUCGACCGUUUUUACCUCCCAGUAUGCUCGCCCGUUGUCACAAACCAACCUACUCCUCUUCCUCCCCUAUCCUCGAUCCCAGGGAACUUCCCGUCUGCUAAAGAUGACGAGGAAGCCGAAAACAAACCAACAAAGCGGACAUCGCCGCUGGUAAUCGUUCAAACUGGUGUCUUCUACUUCUUUUCCUGCGGUUGGUGCGGUAUGACCGAGACUUCCAAAAGGGUUCGGAAGGAAGCAGAGGUGGCGAAUCAGUCUCUUCGUGAGAGAUGGAGAUACGAAGUGGAAAACCGACCGAAGGCGCUUCGAAAGUUGAUUAAGACCACUGCCGACAAUGUCGAAACAAACAUUGUGCCGUCAAUUAUGGCUCGCGUUUCUCAUCAUUACCAUCACUACACGGGGACUGAACAAACAAAUACAAAACAGGGUGAUGUGAUGUCGAUGGCUUCGUCCGAUACAUAUGCACCUAUGGCAUAUUCUCGAUGGCGGCGACAUGAAGUUGUGCGAGCAAGGGAAGGCAGCCAAGCCGCUCCUCUCAUUCAGAACUUCGCUCAGGCGACGAGUGCGACUCACGGCCCUAAUAACGAUUUAAUGUGGAUGAUGGAGCCACCCCCGGCACCGGUAUGGAAGAGCGACGGGAAGCAAGCACCGAGAUUAGCACUAGCCGAUGAGGACGAAAUGCUGCAGGAGAAUAUCAAACCACGCUUGGUUUCUAGGCCGACCGCCCCAAGCAGACCAAAGCCGACAAUCAUGAGGAUUGCAACCUUACCUUCUAUUGAGUCUUUGGCUAGUCGGGUUGCUGAAGAACAGCAACAGGAGGCUGUUAAUCUCCCAAGAAUCCCGCCCACAGCUCUUCAAAUCUCAUCGCCUUCGUACACUAACCGGCGAAUCUCACGUCCACAACCACUUGUUCUUGGUGAGGCUCUGAAGGAAAGUACUUCCCGUCAGCCACAGCCAGCAUCGCCACAAACCCCACCCUUCUCUGCUCCAGCUCGAUCCUUGUCUUGGGAAACAACCACCGAAAUCACGCCUAGAUCAUCUAGCGAGCGUGAUUUCAACAUCCAUGGCUCGGACGGUGCAUCUUCUCCAACCACAAUCUACUCCACAGCCCCAGUUCCUCGCCUUGGCUCUCCAUCUCUCACAAAGGCCGCUCUAGCCUCGCGAGAUGAGAAUGGAAACCUUGAAUUGACAUUUGGACCUAGACGUUUGAGUGUCACUGCUCUCAACAAUGCCACGACUACCACACUUGCCGAAAGCAACGGUAGCACCCUCAUGCUUGAUAAGGUUAUCAGCGACAGCUUUGACAAGGCCUUUACCCCAAUCCCGGAUUUUUCAGUUUAUUCGAUCUCGCCGCCUAAUUCGCCGCCAAGAUCUCCGGGUUCUAGGGCUGCCAGGAGAAGAAGUAUUCCUUUGACUGGAUUUAGGGUCUAG